AUGGCUAGUGGAUGGCGCACCGGUGGCAGGGUGGAGGCCGGGUGGCGGCCCGGUGGCGGAGCGGUGGCCGGCUGGAAAAAAGGGCCGAGGAGCCGGAGCGGCGGCCGGGGACUGACCGGCGGGGGCCAGGGCGGAGCACGGCCGGGGAAAGGAGCUACAGGCGAUGACUGGCGAGCGGAGCGGUGGUUGGAGGAACAAGUAGAGGCUGAAAGGGAGGAACUAUGGGUGGCGGUUGGUGGGGAGCUGAGCGACUGGUGGGAGUGGGAGCGGAAGCCGAGGAGAAGCCGAAGGGAACGACCGGCGGGGGCCGGAGUUUGUAGCCGACAGGGGCCGGGGAGGGAUGCCGGAAAGGGCUGCAGAGGCCAGACUGACAGGUCUGAUAGGCCUGUCAGUCCGGGGCGGCGUAGGGUAGAUGGGCAGCACGCGGGCGGCGAGCGGCGGUGGUGGGCACUGGGCGACGCGACGGGGUUUACCGCCGGCGGCGGUGGCCGCCGGGCUGCGUGGGCGGCGACGGGUGCCUCCAAAGGGCUACGCCCUUUUAAAUAA